UGUAAAUUGUCUCGCCAUUCCCUUUCCAUCAGUGCUGCGGCCUUCUUUUCCCUCCAAUCGCACGAUAAAACGAGGAAUGACAAUGAUAUAAAGAUGAGGACAUCGCUUCCCUCAAAGCCUUUUUCCUCAUGCCCGUCAUGUCGGCGCAAGAUCUUAAAGAGCUUUGGGCUCUUUUCACCCUCUCAUAGCUAUUCGCGCCCUUCGGUCGCUCCAAAGGUGUCUAUAGACAUCAAACAUAUUCGACAAAGCCCUGGACUGUACUCACAGAACUGCGUUGAUAGGCGCUACGAUAGCCUCUCGCAAAAUUCAUGGCGCAUUCUCGAGCUUUCCGAUGUUGCGCGUAAAGCCAACCAAGACAGCCGCCCGCUCCGGGAACAGAUCAACAAAAUCCACGCGCAAUUGCCCACUGCUGCGGAAAAGAAGGACGAGCUGCUGAGAAGAGCAAAGGAAUUGCAACCUCAAUUGGCAGAGUACGAGACAGUGCAGAAGCGCUGCGAGAAGGAGAUUCAAGAGCUGGCGGAAGCGCUGCCGAACCUCACAAGUCGACAUACACCUGUGGGAUCAGAGCCUGAACAGGUGGCAACAUUCAAUCAGAGUCCACUAGAGAAACACCCGAACAGAAAGUGGAAGUCUCACGAUCAGAUUGGCACCGAGCUGGACCUUCUGGAUUUUGAGGGCUCAGCGUUGACGUCGGGAUGGGGCUGGUACUUCCUCAAGAACGAAGCUGCGCUGCUAGAACAAGCUCUGGUGCAAUACGCGCUGAACGUGGCUAUGAGGCGGGGAUGGAAAGUGGUGUCGCCGCCUUCAAUGGUGUACGCGCACAUGGCAGACGCGUGUGGAUUCCAGCCAAGGGAUAAGAACGAAGAACAGCAGAUAUACAUGAUACAACAGGCCGAGAAGGACGCAGCGAAACCACAACUCGUCAUGGCCGGCACGGCAGAAAUCCCGCUGGCGGGCAUGAAGGCCAACCACACGUUUUCAGAGGCAGAGCUCCCCCUCAAAGUCGUUGGCGUUAGUCGCUGUUACCGCGCUGAAGCAGGCGCUCGCGGCGUCGAUACGAAGGGCCUUUAUCGCGUACACGAGUUCACAAAGGUUGAAAUGUUCGGCUGGACGUUGCCCGACCAGCCUUCGACGCCGUCGUCCAGGUCCUCGACAGACGUGUUCGAGGCCUCACCAGAACUAAUCUCUCACUCGGACCAGCUCUUUGAAGAAAUGCUGGCUGUGCAGCAAGAGAUCCUCUCCUCUCUGAAUUUACACUGCCGUGUUCUUGAAAUGCCCACUCAUGACCUCGGCGCAUCCGCCGCCCGCAAGCGUGACAUAGAGGCCCUCUUCCCGUCGCGGAUGCGGCCUACCAACGUCGAAGGUGAGGAGCAGGGCGGCUGGGGUGAGCUCACUUCUGCAAGCGUAUGUACAGACUAUCAAGCGCGGCGGCUAAACACGAGAGUCAAAGUGGGUAAGGCGGGUAAACUGGAGUUUCCGCAUACAGUAAAUGGAACGGCUAUGGCGGUGCCGAGGGUGUUGGCUUGUAUCCUAGAGAUCGGCUACGAUCCUGAAACACGGAGGGUAGAAAUUCCUGAGGUGCUGAGACCGUAUAUGGGCGGACAGGCUUUCAUCGAAAAAAAGUAGAUCGCACAAGGCCUACUGUAUAUCAUAUGUAGACUAGAGAAAAAAAAAACCGACGCUUAAUAGAGGCUAGAUAUGGUCAUGAAAGCCUCGCCAACUGGUUUCACACGAA